AUGACAUUGGUCAUUGUCAUCUUUGUGUCACUAAUCAGUGCAUUGUAUUGGGGAGUCUACUUCAAGGAUGGCUGUGAUUUUUACUUUGAUCAUGUUUCCCGCGUUUGGUCAUUUGGAGACGAGCCUUGUAGCGUCUGGCUAUCUUUUCAUAUUGACAUGGGUUACAAUGUUUGUCUAUUCAUAUUUAUUGGUAUCAUCGACAUUUUUACGCUAUUGCAGUUAAGGUCAAUGACAAAGAACGCAUUGUCUUUCUCACCACAUGACAGCAAGCAAAAUAGUGAUAUCACAACAAAUAGGCGAAGGAAGGAAGUGUUAUUCUUCUCUCAGGUCGAGACAAAAAUGAUUCUUAUCGGUUUUAACCCGGAAAUUCGUCGACAUCUUGUAAAUUUCCGGGAUAUAUCGAGAUCAUUGCACGAUCAGGUUACCCAUGUUACCACCAUGAAACAGCAACCACCUACUGCUCUUUUCAAGAAGUCCUGA